CUCCGAGCGAAACAUUGCCUGCUGUGUCGAUUGUGCUGUCACAGGAUUUCUUGUGCUCUCUCUGGUCUAUUCUGUGUGUCACUGUGCUUUCUCUGGUGUGUAACGUGAGAGCAGUGUGGACGUGGCGUCCCUGUGUGUAUGCGCUUAUGGCAUGUAAUGGCUCCUACACAGUGGUUAUCUUCCCUCUGCAGAACAGCCUGUACAGCUCGGAUGCCCUGCGAUUCUUCCAAUGGCUGAAGAAACUGCAUGCUCUAGAAAGAGAGAAGGACAGUCUAUGGAUUGGACUGCAGGUCCUGGAACGGGCUCGGUUCUGGUAUCAACAUCAGCUCAAUCUAAACUCCCAGAGAAAUGCAAGGAUUGGCACAAGAGAACAUGACAAACAAGAAGACGGCUGGUCAUGUGCAUUGCGCUCCUCUAUGCAGCGUGUGAACGGAAGUCUGGGCAGUUUGCUGAACAAUGCAUAUGUGUGUAGUGCAGCACCAGAUGAGAAGGACGGCUCAGACUGGUGUCUGCGCUGGUCAAAUGCUAUACUCACCCAGGAAGUAAGUCAAAAGAAUGACAGGAUUUCUAUGUUGGAGUUUCAGAAAGAGAUGCUCAUUCAACAACAGGAUGGAAUACACUACGUCUGAGACCACAUGCAUGUACACACACAUGCAAGUUGUUGUGCGGCUUCAUUGCUUCAAACUGCAAAAAGAAACCGCAGAACCCUACUGAGGAAUUCAGAAGGAUUUUCUAGCCGAUAACGAUCUUGUUCUGAAGCAUAUUGCCAUCCUAAUGCAUACUUUAAUGUGCGUAAGUCCCUGCAGGCCUGCCGCUGAACCGUCAAGGCCAGAGUACCAGCAACACCAUUAAUUACAGCCUCUUAUUCACAAGGAUGCAGUAAACAGCUUUUGUUGGAUCUGUCACACUUCUGUGAGAGUUAAGAUCAUUCUUCCGUCCCGUAAUGGUUCAAUGGCGCUGAACUCUGCUGGUGCAACUUCCCUCCCUCCCAUAAUUCCCAGUCAACUUGGGGCUUUAGUGGAUAGGGCGAUAGAUUUGCAAUAGGAAAUGCAAACCACAUCCAUGCAGGUCUGCUAAAGCGUGAAGGAUAAACAGGUAGUGGAGUUAAGGAGGAUGUGUGUGUGGGGGUGUGUGUGCAUUUUUGUGGCUUGCAUUAGUUUAUUCCCCCACUUCCUCUGCUCAGAAGAGAUGCUUACUUAAUAAGUAUACCAACAGCUAUUACUGAACUUUUUGUGAUGAGCACUUAGAGGGAAGUGGAAAUGAGAAGGUGAUUGUGAUACAGCCAUAUCAAAACGAUGCAGACACACAAAGUUAAAUCUCUCUUUUAAUCAAAUACUGAUAAAUUUUGCUACAUAUUAUAUUGAUAUUAAAGACCAUGUCCAAGUGUGAGAAAAUAUUUAAUAAUAUCCAUUGCCUACAGGAAUUAUUAACUAAUUAGCUUUAUCUGGUUGAUGGAAUUCUUGAAUCUUCAGUCCAUGUCUAUUAUAAUACAAACUGUAUUUACACAAAGCUUUACGAUGAACAUAUAUUAUACACAUACACACCACUGACAUUUUAAAUACUAAUAAGUAGACUAGAUAUUAAUCACUUGGUUAACGAGAUGUUUAUGACUUAAUUAUUCUAACUUUAUUGUAAUGAAUUACUGCAAUUUAAUUUAACAUUAGCUGUAAUAACCUGAUCUCAUUGGGGCUCUGGCAGCUAUUUGCUAUACAAUAACAAUUCAAAAUAUCACACUGGAAAAUCAAUGAUAAAUAUAAUUAUUAAAGCACACAUGUGAGAACAAAAUGCUCUGCAGUACUUUGCUACAUUAUGUUUUAAUGAUUUUCAAUUGUAUGUCCAUAAUUAACCCUUGAAUUACACUGAAAUUAAUGCGUCUGAUUUGUAUUUAAGAGAUCAAGGAAUAUGAAUGCACCAAUGAAUGUAAGGUGUUCAAAUGAAUAAAAUGCACCUGAUGUAGCAGACUGCCAUUGUGGUCGCGCUUACAAGAA